AUGGCGUCCAGAAGAUUGUCGAAGUCUGUUUCUGCAGCCAUCAAAGCACACAAUGCUUUUUCAAGACCUCUCCUCCCACGUUAUCGCGCUAUCUCUGCCUGUGCUCAAUUCAGCUCGCGUUCCUCUCCCAAUUCCUUUUUCUCUCGNGGUAGAGAGCUCAGAGACAUAUGUAUUGCGAGAAAUNCUCGGCCAAAUCCAUUUAUUGGAGCUUCUGGAGACGGUAUAACUUCGUUCACUCAAGCCGCUACUCGUGGCCAACUGUUACCUUUCUCUCUCCAGUUCCCUUCUAUGCGCCGCUUCUCUGACAAAUCAGAUCAGAGUAAUGAUGAAAAGGACGCACUUGAAACGUAUGGAAAUGAUAUAACAGAGAUGGCUAAACAAGGAAAACUCCCACCUCUCAUUGGACGUGAUGAUGAAAUAAACCGUUGCAUCCAAAUACUAUGUAGGAUGACAAAAAGCAAUCCUGUUAUCAUUGGUGAACCCGGUGUUGGCAAAACCGCUAUUGCAGAAGGGUUAGCCCAGCGAAUUGUAAAAGGAGAUGUCCCUCAACCACUCUUGAACCAUAAGAUUAUAUCUCUUGACAUGGGUGCACUAAUUGCUGGUACACAAUAUCGAGGAGAAUUUGAGGAAAGGUUGAAAGCAAUACUGAAGGAAGUAACUGCUUCUAAUGGAAAGACAAUCUUGUUCAUUGAUGAGAUCCACACUCUUGUUGGUGCAGGAGCUUGUGAAGGUGAUUCAAUGGAUGUGAGCAACCUAUUGAAACCAAUGCUUGGAAGAGGUGAACUGAGAUGCAUUGGUGCAACAACGCUGACCGAAUACCGCAAGUACAUGGAGAAAGAUCCAGCUCUUGAACGUAGGUUUCAAAAAGUGUUCUGUAAUCAGCCAUCUGUUGAAGAUACUAUAUCGAUUCUUCGUGGGUUAAGAAAGAGGUACGAGUUACACCAUGGUGUUAAGAUAUCAGAUGGUUCCCUUGUUUCAGCAGCAGUUAUGGCAGACCGCUAUAUAACUGAACGCUUUCUACCUGACAAAGCUAUUGAUCUUGUUGAUGAAGCUGCCUCAAAGUUGAGGGUUUCGACCACUUCGAAACCAACUGAACUCGAUGAAAUAAACAAAGCUGUGAUCAAACUGGAGAUGGAGAAGUAUUCUUUGAAAAGGGAUAAUGCUAAUGCUUCUAAAGAACUUCUUGAGAAAAUGAACAAUGAUUUGACCAAGCUCAAGGAUAAACAGAGAGAACUCAGCAAGCAAAAGGAGGAAGAAGAGUCUCUCAUUACUAAAUUACGUUCAUUUAAAGAAGAGAUUGAUAAAUCCGCUGAACGUGAAUGUGGUCUAAACCGUACUGCUGAGGUGAAGUAUGGAACACUAAUGUCCCUCCAACGCCAGUUAGAAGAAGCUGAGAAGAAUCUCACCAAUCCCGGAGACACUAAUCAGUCACUGCUACAAGAAGAGGUAACCGAUCUUCACAUAGCAGAGAUAGUAAGCAAGUGGACGGGUAUCCCACUAUCAAACCUUCAACAAUCAGAGAAAGAAAAGCUAGUUUUCUUGGAAGAAGUGCUUCACAAGAGAGUUUUUGGUCAAGACAAGGCUGUCGAAUCGAUAGCAAAUGCUAUCCGCUGUUCAAAGGCUGGUCUUUCAGAUCCUAACCGUCCUAUUGCGAGUUUUAUGUUCAUGGGUCCAACAGGUGUUGGUAAAACCGAGCUUGCCAACGCUCUUGCUGGUUACCUUUUCAACACUGAAAACGCGAUAGUGAGGAUCGAUAUGAGUGAGUACAUGGAAAAAAACUCAGUCUCACGGCUCAUUGGUGCACCUCCCGGUUGUGCUGGUUUCGAAGAAGGUGGGCAGUUAACUGAAGCUAUUCGGAGGAGACCUUACUCGGUGGUUCUGUUUGAUGAGAUCGAGAAAGCUCACCCUGAUGUCUUCAAUAUCUUUCUACAGAUACUAGAUGACGGGAGGAUAACUGAUUCUCAAGGGAGGACCGUAAGUUUCAGAAACUGUUUUGUAAUAAUGACGUCUAAUAUAGGAUCACACCCUAUACUUGAGACUUCCCGCAACAAUAAAGAUAGCAAAGAAGCAGUUUAUGAGAUGAUGAAGCAACAAGCUGUGGAGUUAGCAAGACAAACUUUUAACCCAGAGUUCAUGAACAGGAUCGAUGAAUACAUUGUUUUCCAGCCGUUGGAUUUAACAGAAUUAUCCAAGAUCGUCGAGUUUCAGAUGAGACGAGUGAAGAAUUUGUUGGAACAAAAGAAAAUAAAACUUGAGUACACAAAAGAAGCGGUGGAUCUCCUUGCUCAGCUUGGGUUUGACCCAAACAAUGGGGCAAGGCCGGUGAAGAGAGUGAUUCAGGAGAUAGUGAAGAAGGAGAUAUCCUCAAAAAUUUUGAAGGGAGAGUUUACAGAGGAAGACACUAUUCUUCUAGAUGUUGACCAGCCAAACAACAAAUUGGUCAUCAAGAAGCUCGAGAGUAGUGCUCCUGUUGAAGAAUUGGCCGCCGCAUGAUCAUAAAAGCUCGAUUAUAUCUCUUUUCUAAUGAUGAUCAUGUCUUAACUAAGGAUUAAUUAUAUUUGCCGACAAAAGAAAAUGGGAACAUUUUUAAUCAAAUGUUUGAGCUGUGACUAAUGAGAUAAUUUGUGGGUUAAGUUGUAAGA